AUAAUAUUUACUACGUUUACUACAAAUUAAAAUAAUUAUAACAAAAGCCGUAAUCGUAAAAGCGUUAUAAUAAUUUUUAUAACAAGUAUUCUAAAAAAUAGAACAUUCAUCAAUGUCACAGUUAAAAUUGAAUAGAGAAGAAACACUCAAGUUGGUGGAGUUAUACAAAAUAAAUGAUUGUUUGUGGAAUAUUAAAAACAAAGACUAUAGAAAUAAAGAAGCACGUAUAAAUGCAUUACAAAAUAUUGUGGAUGAAAUGCAAUUGACUGGAUUUAAUAUUAAAGAUGUACAAGCCAAAAUAAAAUGUUUAAGAUCAACUUAUUAUUUAGAACUUGAUAAAAUUGAGAAAAGUGAAAGACUGAAUGACGAAGAACAUGUUUAUGUGCCCAAAAUCGAAUGGUUUAAUGAGAUGCAUUCUUUUAUUUACGAUGUAACCCUGAAAAGGAAAGUGCGUGACUUCGAAAAGCCCUCACCUUCCACUCAGAAAAAAAAUCGUAAAAAGAAUACAGCAACUCCAAUAAAAAUAGAAAAAGAAAAAGAUUCAAGUGCAAUUAUUAAAGAAGAGGACGACGAAUUUGAUUCAUUUGGCAAAAUGGCGGCAAAAUCUUUACGGAAACUGUCGCAUUAUCAACAAUCAAUUGCUCUCAAACUUAUGUCCGAUGUUUUGUACCAUGCGAAAAUGGAGCGCUUAAAUGAAACUAGUACAGUCAUAUGCAAAGUGCCACGAAAAGUUGUUUCGAUUGUCGCAGAUGCAUCUAUUUCAGGCACUCUCCCGAGCCCAAACGGAUGAAAGAAAAACUUGAGAAUUAUGUUACUAACUACCAAUGCAUUGCUACCAAAUUAAAACAUGCAAUGUACAAUAAAACAAGUUGUAUUACAUACAUCAAAUAAAUUUAUUUCUUAAAAUUA